AUGAAGUUCGAUUUGGAGCUCCAGGGUGACGACUACAUCCUCCGACAAAGGAAGGAUGUAGAGCGAACUCCCAUCUCAAAGCGCAUAAUCAUCUGCUGUGACGGAACAUGGCAGUCAGCCGUAUCAGGGAAGAAGAAUAUCCCAUCAAACGUGACCCGACUCUGUCGAGCACUCAACCGAGUCGGAACAGACGAAAAUGGUAAAGAGUGGCAACAGGUAGUCUGGUAUGACUCCGGAGUCGGCACGAGCUCAAACCCACUCAGCGACGUCAUAGCAGGAGCCUUUGGUAAUGGGCUGGAGACGAAUGUCAUCGAGGCAUACAAUUUCUGCGUGCUGAACUAUAACCCCGGUGACGAAAUAAUGUGUUUUGGGUUCUCGCGCGGAGCAUACACGGCUCGAACCAUCGCUGGCCUUAUCUCGGAUGUGGGAAUCUGCUAUAAAAUAGAUCUGAACCGGUUUCCGGAUCUCUGGGCUGUUUAUAAGACUUUUCCGCAUGGCGAUCGGUUUCAUCGGAGUGAUCUUUGGUUUGACUGGUUGUGGGGGAAAGCAGAUGAGCAUCAGGGUGCUGGAUCUGAAGGAAAUCGGGAGCUUAUUUGUGAGGAAGCUCCUCAAAGAGAUUGGGCACAGGAGGGUUCGAGAGAGGUUAAGGUUGUUGGUGUUUUUGACACCGUUGGCUCGUUGGGAAUGCCGGAGGUCAUGGGAAUUAAGUUGCCAACCACGCCGAACAACAGCUGGCACAAUGUCGGGCUGUCAGAUAACAUCAAGAAUGCCUUCCAAGCCCUGGCUCUCGACGAACACCGCAACGCAUUCUCGCCAUCUGUGUGGCAUCUGUCUAACAAGACAGCCACACCAGAGGAGGUACAGCAACGAAGAGACGAAGAAGAUCAAGCAGAGAAAGAUUACUGGUCAACUUUGCAGCAAGCCAAGGAUCUCAAAGCAGGAGGCAAGGCCACUGAUAAACAAGUGAAUGAUGCUGCUCGACACGUCAAUGAAGCCGCCAGGGCAUGGAACAAGGCCUCUAGAGAACGUGUUAUAUUCCAGAAUCGUCUAGAGUUGCAUCCGACUCUGAAGCAGGUCUGGUUCCCAGGUUAUCACAUCCACGUCGGUGGAGGGUCAAAUGACACGCUGAAAAAUGAAGGCGACAUGGAAGAGAUGUCCAAUAUCACAUUCCACUGGAUGUUGGACCAAGUCAAGAUUUAUUUGUCACUUGAUGAGCGUUAUAUUGCCGGAGAGCAUCACGAGCGUGAAUCGAACCUUGCAGCUAUAAACUCGGCCUAUACGAAGUGGAAGACGACAGAGCAAUCUCUUGAGACGACAUCGUGGGGCAACAAGGCAUGGAAAAAUAUAAAAGCCGUGGCUUCAGCACUUAAACAUCCACUAUCUUUCUUCAAUGAACCAGCUUACAAGGCGUUACGCGAGUAUGGCUGGGGCACGGGCAUUCUGAAUGACAGCUUCACGGCAAUUUACUGGCUCAAUGGACAAAAAAGACGCACACCGGGCGAAUACGCCAUGGAGAAUGGGGAGCCCCUUGGUGACACUUUCGAGUUUAUUCACCCAGUGGUGAACUUCAGAUACGAGAACUUCAAGAAAAUUAACAGGAAGGACCACAAACAUAUCCUGUACUCGCCAAUUGGCCCUGCUGUGAAGUAUGAGCGCUGGAAGACGACGGACAGCAAUGAAAAUGUGUCCUUCGUUUAUCACAUAGGCAACUCGCCAAAACCAAUUCCUGAGUGGAAACUUGGAGGGUUGGAUGCCUAUGAGCGAUUAUCUAUCGCUGGAACUACGGCUUAUGACUAUGUCGAUAAUUUGGACGAAGAGCUCAAGACAGGAAUUCGAACGAUCCGUCGCACGGCUCGGGAUAGGUCAGAAUUAUCCACUGAAGUCCCUGUUGCUGCAGUACUCGAUACUGGAGACAACCAUGUGGCAGAACGGGAGGAAAUCGGUACUUCUGGUGUGCCUUCACCAACAGAAGCUCCUAUUUCCGGUGUACUCGAUACCGGGGACAAUAAGACAAGUACCGCCAGCGUGUCCUCAGACGAGGAAGAUUGGGGUAAAAGCUCCCAGGCGACAGAGUUUGACGGCAGACAAUCGGGGAACUUUCACCCAGAAACUGUCGAGUCAAAGAUCUCAAGCACACAAAUUUGCCGAGACGCUUCACAUGACCUGAUCUCAACUCCCAUCCAUUGA